CAGAGAUGUCAGGACAGUUACAUUCAGUGUAUAUGCUAGUGCUACUAUCUAGCGAAUAACUGGAUCGGUUAGGACGCUGCUGUUAACCAUUAUUCUGUAUUCAGUUUCAACAUGGCGUUUAAUGGUGAGGGACCAUUGAUAAAGCGGCAGCGAACUGAUAUUGAAUCCGGCCAACACAGGAACCAUGCAGAACAGUAUGGAGGAUAUGGAGAUGAGCCACGCAGGAAAAGGUCGGACAACGACAAAGUGAACCACGUGUUGCUGUUCACUAUUAUCAACCCAGUGUAUCCCAUCACAGUGGAAGUGUUACAUACGAUCUGUUCGCCAAGUGGCCAGGUGUUGCGCAUUGUGAUUUUUAAGAAGAACGGCAUCCAAGCCAUGGUUGAAUUCGACAGCCCGGAAUCUGCAAAGAGAGCCAAAGAGGCGCUGAAUGGAGCUGACAUCUACUCCGGUUGCUGUACAAUCAAGAUAGACUACGCGAAGCCCACCAAGCUGAACGUAUACAAGAAUGACUCGGAGAGCUGGGAUUAUACAACCCCCAACGUCGGCAUUAAACAAGACUCAUCAGGCUCUGGUCGACCUGCCCCCCUUUUGCAGGAACCUAGAUAUGGGGCCGGCCCUCAACCCUAUCGAGGUGAUAGCAUGAUGCGCAGUGGCGGUGGAGUUGUGCCGUCGUAUGUGGGUGCCCCAGAUCGAUAUGAGGAUGGCUAUCAGAAUGGACCUCCAGGCUCAUAUUCAGAACAAUAUGGAGACAGAUAUCAGUCUGAUAGGUAUGGUAUGAAAUCAGAGUAUGGCAGGGAGCCACUUCACCCCACCCCUCCACGGCCUGGCUAUGGGCCUCCAGCCAUACCACAAGCUCCCGGAGGACCUAAUGCAUCAGGACCGCAGCAGGGAUCAGUCAUGAUGGUUUAUGGACUUGAUCCAGAAAAGUCUAAUACUGAUAAACUGUUCAACAUAUUUUGUCUCUACGGCAAUGUACUGCGUAUAAAGUUUCUGAAGACAAAGGAAGGGUGUGCCAUGAUCCAGAUGGGGGAUGGGCUGGCAGUGGAGCGCUGUGUACAGAACCUAAAUAAUGUGUCUCUUAUGGGAUCAAAGCUGCAGCUGGGGUUUUCCAAACAAGCAUUCCUAAGCGAUGUACUGAACCCACACUUACUGCCUGACAAGAGUCCAUCCUUCAAGGAUUUUAUGGGUAACAAAAACAAUCGUUUCAUUAAUCCUACUAUGGCCAGCAAGAACAGAAUACAGCCCCCUUCUAAGAUCCUGCAUUUCUUCAAUACUCCGCCACAUAUGACAGAGGAACUGCUUAGUAAUGUGUUCGAAGAGAAACAAGCACCAUGUCCCAAGACCAUCAAAUUAUUCCCGCUAAAGACAGCAGACAGAAGUUCAUCCGGCCUUCUGGAGUUUGAGGAUGUGGGUGACGCCCUGAUAGCCCUCAUGUUGUGUAAUCAUGCUCCUAUUCAAACCCCAGGUUGCAAGUUCCCAUACAUCAUGAAGUUGUGCUUCUCGUCAUCGCGCCAGAUCCCAAAUUCCUUGCGUAAUAGUGGUAAUAAUGACCAGCAGCAGCACCAGGAAAUGCAAGACGAAAACCUGGAAUAGGUGCAGUUAUGAAAAGUUGAACAUUUUUCAUUUUCUGUGGUGGAUCAGGAGUUGUAAUCAUCUCUCACACCCUGCUCUCUGGUUCUUAUUUGCUGCCCGCCUCCCAACUUUCCCCGUUGUUCACCAAGUUUUAUUAAAUGGACAUCUUAUUAAGCUAUGCAUAGUUUUAGUUUCAUGACCCGUUUCUGACGAGCCAGUUGCUAGUACAGGUCAUUUCUUAAAAAUUGACAUGAGGCAGACAGUGUAGAAAAUAAAAUAUUUUGCAGUUUGAUGUUGUCCGUUCAUAUAACUUCGGUGCAUCAAACAAGUUAGAUCAUCACAGGCCUCAGGGAACCUGCAUCAUUGGCUAAAUCAGUUUGUUGGCAGGUAAAUUGUUACUGUUAAAUUUAAUAGUUACAGUCUCGAAGUGCAUGCUCAUCAUCAAAGCCUUGCUGCCAUAUGUCGUAGUUAAUUCAACACCUUUUUAUUUACACUUUUCUUUUUGAAGAAGGCAACCUGCUUUGGCUCCUCAAAUGAAUCUGCUCAUUGAUACAGCAUUGCAUAUGAGCUCAAAAGAGCUGAAAUAGAUGAGGUGGAAAUGAAUCAUGAGUAAUACAGGUUUUGUGAGUUAUGGAAAUUUUAUUCACAUAACAGAAUUAAAUCUCUAAGAGUACAGAAUGUUGAACGUUUGUACGUAGGAUUUGAGCUUCUUACAGCGGUGAGUAAAACGAUGGCUGUCUUCUGGGUUGUAGCGCCGUGUAGUCUGGUAGAAAUUUACCAGUUUCAGAGGUUCUUCUUACCAGUAAGUCAUGUGCUGCGUACGAGGCUUACUCUUCGCCUUGAUGGAGGCAGCAAGGACCUCUAGCACUGAUAAACUUCUACCAGACUACAUGGUGCUACGACCCAGAAGAAUGUUUUGUUUCAUACUUCAUACUGAUGAAAAAGCUGGGAGGACUGAGAGUCUAGGACUGUUCCAUCAAAUGUUUGUCCUCUCAUGUCUCAUCCAUUUGUUAACAGAAUUUACGUUUUGGGAAAAAGUGUCUGUGGCUGUUGGGAAGGAGAUUGGUGGUAGGUAUCCUUCGUCUUGCAGCAUAUCAUGUAUUCUUCCUUGUUCACUGUUACAGAGUUAAUGUUAAUGUAGAAAAUGUGUCUUGAGGGGAAACAAAUUAAACUUUGAUGCUAUAAUUGGAGCUCUAAAUGCAAAGUUAGCAGGGACAUGCUCUGCACAGUAAGGAUCAGAGGACUGUAGGUUUUAUACCGGGUCAUAUCUAAGUGCAGGUUUUCUGGAUGUGAAUUGAAACCCCAACUUUACCAAACUUAAAUUGUUGAUGCCACACCCCUGAAUGACGUGUAGGUCCCGUGUCCAUAAUUCUUUCAGUAUAUCAUGGAGAGUAACAGAAUCUGGCCUGUGAGUACUUAUAAUCGGGGCUGUGGCGUCUGAGUCAGAAGCAAUUUUAGGUGGAGUCGGGAGUCGGUAAAAAUGCUGUUGUCUGGUAGCAAGGAUUGUAACAUGGUGUGAACUUAACUAGGCAGCAUCAGUCAAUCUUUGAAACAUUUAUCAUUGACUUUCUCUCUCAGCGUUUUGGGAGGAUAGGUGAAGAGGUGUUUUAUUUUAUCAUUGUUUUACUAUGUUUUUAAAAUUCAAACACAAAAGCAUCAGAUUUUGAACAAACAAAAUUAACUCUUCAGUUGUUUUAUCAUAUUUACACAGUUUUACCAGAUCGCAAGAAGACACUGCUGAACAUGAGGUAUUGAAAUUCAAGUGAAAGUCGUAGCAUUGUCACAUCUUUGUAACUUUCUCUCUCUUGGCAUCACAAAACACCAGUCACACCAUCAUCUUUAAAUCUAGCAUACACGGAAUGAACAGUCUCCUUUCCGAAAGUCCCAUAGCCACAGUGAAGUUUAGCUGACGUAUAAGAAGCUGUUUUCUUGUUGCAUAUAAUAAUUUCAUAUUCAUAGUGAGUCAUUAUUAAUAGUUUUGGCUUGUGUGCUUUUUUAAGAACUGGUACUGUUUGCAGCAAGUUACAAGUAUACCAUGAAGUGGACAGCACAUAUGACCAGAUAAUAUAAUAGAUGCCUGAUUGUCACAUAAUAGGCUUUUAUGUGAUUUAACACUCUCGCUUAUAGGCCUGUCAAAAGAAUAACUGUACUGUUUCAUAAAACUUGGGUAACACCGAGGCUGGAAAGACAAGAAGCAGAAAGUGAUGAAAAUCAAGUACUUAGCAUAUUUCUGUAAUUUUUUAACAUAUAUAUGUAACAGAAAGUCAUCUUUUUAACAGUCUACUUCGGUGCCGACUGGCCUAGCUGAAUGUGCCUCGUCUGUAGGAUUGCUGGGAGGUAGAGGGUUAGAUACCUUCUGAGAUUCAUUACUUGAUUUUUUUAAAUGAUGGCAAAUUAAAACUCUGUAAGAUAAUUUACAAAUUAGGUGUGAGAAUAUGGUCAAAACACCUACCUUAUCUGCUUAUAAUACGUAAUAAAUCUUUCAAAUGAAUACUAUGCAAGCAGAGAGCAGGGUGUGCUUGUUAUUCUUUUGUUGCAAUAUCUGCCUUUCUCAUUGUGGCAGCAUGUAAAUGGUGAGCGUUGGGCCUAACCUAGAGUAGUCAAUAACUUUUUUAUACAUCUAAUGCCACCACAUCAUAGUAGGAAUUCCAUUCUUCUUCUUCUUCUUUUUCCUUAGAAGGCCAUUUGCUCUUUAUAAAAUAACUUUUUUCUGAAGUCCAGACUGUGGAGAAGUUAAUAAAGACAUAGAUAUAAUGGGAGAAAGUAAGCAGAUAAGACAGAGGAUUCCCUCGAUCUUGAAUUUAUCUGCUUGUUGCCAAGUUGAUUGUCAAUUGUUGCACAAGGGAAGGUGACUGGAAGGCCAAACGUGCAUCAUCUAUCAGUACCGAGCAGGUUUUCUGCUCUUCUGACAUAACCACCACAACAGCAAAAUCCUCAUGUGAACAAACAUGAGGUGAAUCUGAAACAUAUCAGUAUAGUGCUUAUAUUUAAAUUAAUGGAAGGGAUACUAUUUUCAAAAGUAUCAUUCCAGAAAUUUUUAAACAGUUGUAAUUGGUGUUUUUUACGUGUUCCAUGUGAAGUGUCUCCUUUUCUCUUGGUCGUUGACAAAUUUAGCUCAUUACCCUGCAUUCGUUGGGUCUUCCUCUUUGAUAUCACAAGUUGUUUCCCCAAUCAAUGAGAUGCAGUAUUGCUUCAACUUGGUUUUACAUACUUUUAUAUAGAAUUUUCAUUUACAUUACUUUUGUAAGCAAGCAUGUGCAUAUAUGUUAGUUACUUUCUCCCUAAAUGAGGAACCAGAGCUAUUAAAGACAGUAGAGUUUAUUGUA